UUCAUAGCACUAUUCGGUAUUCUACUAAUUUCUCUUCAGUGUGCCCUAUCAUUAUACAUAUUAUAUAUCAACGUUGUGCGCAUUUAGAUUUCAGUGUAGUUGGUUUCGUCUAACUGUGACGUUUUAUUUGAGUUGUGACGAGACAUCCAUAAUAACCCAAAGUUAAAGUUAUGAGACUCACCGUAAACCAUCUUUUGAAAUUCUUCAUUGAUGAUAGCAACUAUAAAUCUAACUGUGUCAUAGCUAAAGCUUAUUCAUAACCAGAAACGAUUAAGUUCCAAAGAACAAUAAUUGUUACUAUUUAAUAUAUAUUGUGUAUCUAGUCAGAUAAUUCUUACUAUCAUAAUGAGUUCUACAGAUCGUUCAAUUUCAUCAGGAUUUCCUAUUCCACAAUGGAUGAAAUCAAGAACAAAUGACAGAUACGACAUGGAUCAGUCAACAUUUUCACCACAGACUUCAGAUGACAGUUUCUUUUUAGUACGUUAUUUAAAAACAGACACGGUUAAUGAAAAACAUGCAGACUCUCUAAUCAGCAAAAGCAAAUCGGCUAAUGAAAAUUUAUCAGAAAAAAGUGCUAAACAUUUCAGUAAUAUGCCUCCAGCUUUAAUAGUAACUGAAUCUGCUGAAUACAAAGGACAUCCUUUAGCUUGCCAACGUUUCAUCACAAAUGCAUGUGCUGAUGAGGUCGCUGCCGUAAGUUUGGGCAGCAAGGUAGGUGAUCCACCAAAAUCAUUAGGCGUAGAUGAUGGUUUUAAAAGCGGUGCAGCUGAAUGUGGUAAAUCCAUUGUAGCUAUGGCACACCAAAUGGUAUCUGGUCGACGGAUGUACAAAGGACGUGCCUCAGGCCCUCAAAAUAUACUUGUCUCGGGACCGCCACCAUCUUCUUUAGCAAAACGACGCAACAGCAAAUCCCUUCCAGCAAGUCCAAUGUGUACCCCUCCAGGAUCACCACAUUCUCCUCGCAAAAACCCAUAUUUCACUGCACCAUUUCAAGAAGAGUCUGGAGACAAACAUGGGUCUUCAUGGAUACUAUCAAAUUUAUUUUCACACAGGGCCGAAUCACAAGAAGAAUUGAUAGAAAAAGAUUACAAACGUCUACCUAAGCCAUCGUCUUCAAGUAAUUUGUGUGUGAAACCUAAACCAACUGAACUUAGGGAAAUGAACUUUUGGUCUCCUACAUCGAUGUAAAAAUUAAGGUUUAAUUUAAAUUCACUUUUAUAAUUGUUCUGCGCUCUGAAAAUAUUUUUUUUUUAAUUUUAAAUGGAUUCCCUAUUUUCUUAAAAAUCUCCACAAUCCUGUACCUGUAAUUAUAUUUUUAUUUAUAUUGUUAUUUUUAAGAUAAUUUUAUAAAGUAAAUACAGUUAAGUAUUUGUAA